AGAUUAGGCACCUAGGGGCAGUGUUUCCAACAGCACAGCAGGAAAGAAACAAAGACCCUGAGCGGGGGGGACGGGCUGCCUGACAGGCUCCCGGCCUCGCCGAUAUGGUGCCGCGCGAAACCGGAGCUUUGUUCGUCUACAGGGAGAUUUCAUUACGGGAAGGCAAAGCCGUUUCGCUGGAAGUUGCUUGGCUCGAUAGUGCGGUGCAAGCCGCUGAUCGUUGGCGCUGUGCAAAGAAGAAAAGCAGCAUUAUUUGUCAGCCU